GCACUUCUCAUCGCCCAAGCGGUGCAGGCUUUGACAGAGCGUUCGCUGCGACAGCUGAUGCUUGGGAUUGCCUUUUCUGGCCCUUCUAGGGAAGCGGGAGUCCAAGAAUUGCAGCGCAGUCUCAUGUGGCAAAGCAUUGACUCGUGGCUUUCGUUGGGCACUUGGGACAGUGCCGGAGAUACUGCCCGGCUUGUGGCCAACUGCGCGGCGCUUGAGUUUGGGUUGACAAGUGAAGAUAUGUCAACAGAAGCUGGGAUAGCUUUUGCCACCCUCCAGCAAGUUCCGGAGGCUGCAAGCACCCAACCGGGUGACCUUCAAUCUUUGGAACAAAAUAUUCACGAAGCCUUGCACCAAGUACUGCAAAACCACAACAAAGACGCGGAAAUCUCCAUCAUGCAUCCGACACCGGUUUGUGAAAUUAGCUUGGCAAUCCCGUUGUUGAAAGUGGCCGUUAUGGUGGGCUCGCCAGAAGACUUUUUCCGCGGUCCCCGAGAAGCAUGGGCAGAUGAUAGCGGCAUAGGUUGGGGUAGAAUGGCCGAGAAUGAGUUAGAUCACCCGGCUUUGCAUGGUGACUUCAUAUUCAGCCAAGUGGAUGAUAUGGAUGGCCUGGAUGGACGCGAAGGAGGGGGCUCGAGAUUCGAAGUUGAGCCUAUUGAGACUCUUGAGACUGACUCUUGGAGCUCCUCAAGCUCCAGCUCCAGUUCUCUUGGACUCUCAACUUGGGACUCCGAAAGGAGUGGAAGCAGUGGAGAGUGGCAACGACUGCCAGCUCUUCGCAUGCGCCUUUUGAGGCAGUUGGGAUGGAAAAUCGUGGAAGUUCCAUACUUUGAGUGGCGAAGCCUCUUGAGAUCAGAGGAGCAAAGCUUUCUCAACCGACUUCUGCAGAGGGACUCCGACCCCCAAAAUGAACAUGCGUUUUAG